AACUUUAAUUCUCGCUUUUUGCUCCCUGACAAAUCCCUUAGGCUCAGUCAUGCUGUCAGAAACUCUUUUGCUUGAUUAUAUUUUCUUGUUUUGGGCCAGUUUUGCCUCCUUUUUUUCGCUUUCACUCUCUGCAAAGUGCACUUGUUCGGCUGAAGGAGGCAGCUAACCUACCAGCACGGCGCAAAACAAGUGACCAGGCAGGGCAGUGGAUGGAGUAACGGUCGCCCGACCGAGGGGAAAAUGGCUCAGCAUGGUCCUGUGUUCAGCGCGUGUGGCCGAACGGAAUCGCCAAAGCUGAUGAGGAUCUGCUGAUUUGUACAGCUGAGUUCCAGUUUUCACUUUUGACUAGUGCGGGUGUAUGUGUGUGUUUCUGUGUCCCAGCGGGAAGCAUGUCGGACAGGGCCGAUGAGGAGGUGAGGGGGGAGCGGAGCAGAGCGGCCAGACAGCAGCUCCAGCAGCAGCAGCUCCAGCGGGGAGAAGCAGCCACAGCAAUGGCGCCCGCCUCCCUCCCCAGCCCGCAGAUCACGCCGGGCCAGUCGUGGAGCAGCUGGGCGGACGCCGUCAAACUCCACGGGGGCGACGGUGCAGAUUCAGAGGAAAGUUUCAAAGAGUGCGGGAAGAAUCGAGAAGCCAUGCGUCUGUGCAGAGAAGAUAUGCCCAUUUUUGGCCAGUGUCCUGCACAGGACGACUUUUACCUGGUCAUGUGCAGCCACUGCACUCAGGUAGUCAAACCCCAGGCCUUCCAAGCACACUAUGAGAGAAGACACAGUUCCCUUUGCAAGCCCCCGUCUGCCUACCCUUCCGCCGCUGCGUAUCCAGUCUCGGGCCUCUCCUCCCGGAAUCGGUCUGGAGGUGGGAGUGGGACGGCGGGAUCCGUGGCGGCCUCCUCCAGUGGCAGCAACAGUACCCCCUCAGCCAAAGAGAAGAUGCCUCACCGGAAGCCCCACUUCCCCUUGAAGGGGCCGCCUGACGACAACCUGACCCCGGCUGUCAAAGUGGAGAAGAUCCAUCUAAAGAUGGACUACUCUUCUUCCUCCAAGCUUUCCCAUAUGCCCACCUCUUCCUCCUCUUCUGCCAGUACUGUGAGCUCAUCACCCUCAAAGCCAGGCCUUAAUAGCCCCUCUGUACCAAAGGCUCAGCUGCUGGCCUCGGGCCACAUCCCCAACGGAAAGGGCCACCUCACCUCCCUCGACAAGAAACAGGACAGCAGCACCAAUGCCAGUAGCAGAAGACUGUACAGGAAACAGCCAGAACGCGAGUUCAAUCCUGAUAUCCAUUGUGGAGUUUUGGAUAUAGGAGCAUGUAAGCCAUGCACAAGAUCCUUAACAUGCAAGACACAUUCCUUAAGCCAGAGGAGGGCGGUGCCCGGGCGGCGAAAGCGUUUUGAUACGUUGCUAGCAGAGCACAAAAAUCGAGCGCGAGAGAAGGAGCUGCAGCACAGGUCCGAGCCCUCCCAGCAAACACCCUCUCUCAGGGACCCCCACCCGCCCCUCUCCCGCCUCCCGCAAGACUCCCACCACCCGCCUCCCCAUGGCAACGGCACCGCUGCUGAUGCCUCCAAGCCUUUUACCCUCAGCAAACCCAAACCUCACAAUCCUGGUCUUCCACGGCUUAACAGCAGUAGCUCUCAUAGUGGGGUGAGCAGUUUAGGGGACCCUGCCCUGGUCCAUGACUCAACCCAGCACCCCCAUUCAGCUCCCACACCUGAUGGGGUGUCCCGCCUGUCCAGCGAUGAGGGUGAGAAUGAGGAGAGAGAGGAGGGAGUGGACAAGUUGGACUGCCACUAUUCAGGUUAUCACCCGCGACCAGCUGCUUUCUGCACUUUUGGAAGCCGACUGUUCGGGAGGAGCUGUUACUCGUUUGACCGGCGCUGGGAUCGAGUCCGGUGUGCACUGGCUGUGAUGAUGGACAAACAUGUGAACUCUCUAAUGUGGAAGAAAAUCCCUCUGGCGCCAGAAAAUUCAUCCUCAUCGGCAGUUGCAUCAUCUCAUCGGUCAAGCACAAACUCUCUUUCCUCUUCUUCGGGCUUCCUCAGCCCCUCCCCUCCGCCUCCCUAUGGCCAGUUGUACGAUAACAAGCCUACGCUGUCAUACGGGACCACCCUGAAUGCACGGGCCGCGCCUCAGAGGGCGGGAGAGCAGCUGGCCUACAGUGGCGGCAGCAGCAGUGGCUCAUCUAGACAAGUGUCCUCGUCAUCACCCCAGAUGCCUUCAGCUCACUCCUCCUCGUUGCCCUCUACGCCUGGCUCCAGCAGACCGCCUAAAUCCCGCUCCGGAGCCAAAUCUUUCCGGGUCAGGGACUCUUCCUCCUCAGCUACGCUAGCUAGCUCUGUCUCCAACAGCGGAGGCAGCAGCAACAGCGGUAGCAGCAGCAGCAUGAGCACGAGCAGUAGCGCGGGGGCGAAAAAGCGCAAAAACAGCUCUCUACUGACGUCCCAUGGCACCUAUGCUGCGGAAUCUUCCUCUUCCUCCUCCUCUUCCUCCUCCUCCUUCAAGAAGAAUUGCGCGGUGAACUCGGGAACCUCAGGGAGCAGCUUCCACUCCUCACUUACCUCCACUCCCUCCUCUGCGGCUUCCUCGUCCUCCUCUUCCUCUCACAGUGCGGGUGUGAAUUGCCUGCCAGGCCGCGUCAACUCACUCAGCCUCCGACAGGAAGCGGCCAGCCGUGGUCCUCCACCGGCCAGCCCGGCUGAGCCCAUUAAGCGCAUGAGUGUGGUGAUGAACAGCAGCGACUCUACGCUCUCGCUCGGCCCGUUUGUCCACCAGAGUAGUGAGCACCACGGGCACGCAGACGCCCGGAUCGACACCAAGCGGAGGAAGAGUUCGCCUGCCAGCAGCGGCCUCGCUGGCACUGGUACCUCCACAGCAUCUGCAGGAGGAGGAGGGUCACAAGUUCCCGGCAGGCCCAAAAUGCCCAAAUCUUCAGCCGUCAACAACAUCCACAGCAAACAUGCACGGCCCAUGCCAGGAACGCCAGGGCUUCCCAAUAACUCGCUCAUACAUCAGCCAAAGGCCCGCCCCUGACACAGGUGGGCAGGCUCUGGGGGUGCGGAGCGGUGGACUGAAACCCGAUCUCUGCAAGCUCCCUUAGCGCCCGUCACGCCACACUGCACGAGGCCUUCUUCUUCUUCUUCUCUUACUCUCAGCUUCCCGCAAUCCUCAGGGUGGAGAGCGCACUGGGCGGCUCAAUGACGGCGAUCCAUUCCUCCCAGCCAUGCGGGGGCACCACGCAAGGGGGACAGUGUUUGACGUAGAGGGGCGUAGUGGUGUGUGUGCAAUGCACUUGGUGGCGGCCUCCUUGGAAGGUGGAGAAGGGGUGGAAAAGCGAGGGAUGCAGAGGUACAGAUAAGGGCUGGUACUGGGCCACACCAACACUACUAUGAAUCGUCGGAGGGACUUUAAAUGGGUUAUAUGAGCAAAAGGAGCAUUUCUGCUGAUCUCUUCAGUGUGCGUGCGUCUGUUUGAAUGUGUGAUCAUGUACACGUCCGGGUGGAUGAUACCGGAAUACUGGAAUUUUUUUUUUUCUCUCGCAAGAUCUAAACAGUAAGUGCUUGGAAAAAGGAAGUGCACAGGAAACAAAGGAGGAGAUAUCAGGAGUCUCAGUGUGAAAAAUACAGUCACAUUUAAUUAAACAUAUUUACUGUAUUAGCACCCUGACAGAUGGAGUUUAAACAAUAAUACAGAGUUUUACUCACCACAGAGCAAAUAAGGAAGGAUAGAUACAGUCCAAUAUCCAGAUGAACAACUCAUAUAAAUAUAAAAAUGAUUUAAGUCUUAAUGGUUCUUUAGAAAGCAUUUUGUUUACGUACUUCAAAUAUCAGCAAUUUUGGAGCGUAUGGAACAAAAUGUCAUUUAGCAGACUUUCAUCCAGUUUUCAUCCCAUUUGAAAUGCUAUUCCGUAAAAAAGUCAAGCAGUAUGGAAGAUAAUUUAGAAAUUUAAAAUUAAAUUCAAAUGAUUAUACCGUCAUUGCGACCUAAAGAAUGAAUUGAGCAGGGCUUCUUUUAAAUGAGCCUUCCUAAUUGUUGGUGUUAACCACAGUUGACUUGCCCCAGUCAACUUUUGUACUGUUUAUUUACUCAGCCAGACCCCUGUAUUCUGGAAAGCUGGUGGUCCUAGCAGCCUUUCCCCACCCUAAUCUCUUUCUUUCUUUCUAGGCAGUUCAAGCAAAAAUUGUAUUACUCCUGAUGAUUUCUUGUCCUGAAACAUGACUUGAUAAAACCUUUAAACACAUUGUAACUUCAGUGUUACAAGUAAGGACUGUUGGAAGUAUUUGCCUUGGAAACACUGUCUGUUAUAGUCAGUCUUAUCGAUGUACACAGACCCUCUGACAGUUACAGAGAAUGUCGUUCGCCUUCAGUUACUCCUGUCCAAAUCAGAUACCCCUUCAUCACUACAGCUACAUGUGGAUAUCAUUCUGUGUGAAUCAAGUUUGCCUAAAUACACUAACAAGAUAAUUGUAGGGUUUUCUUGGUAAUAGAUGACAAAGGCCCGAUCACAGCAGCUUGCAGGCCAGUUGGUACUACAACAGAGGCUUUUGGAUAAGACCUACACUAAAAUGUAUAACAUAUGUUUACUGUGAUGUUAGCUACUCAAAGGUGGCCCUAAGGCAGCUGGUUCAGCAGCUCCUAUUUUAGGCUUCGAAGGAAUAGUUUUGAGAGAAAUUGAGUUUGCAGUUUUUCCCUUCCUUCAUGUGUAGUUAAUCAUCCAAGACGUGUUAGUUUGCUUCUUUUUUGCACUGGAGCUACAAGGCUAAUGUUGUAUGCACCAAUUAUCCAAAGAGGGAUCUAGAAAAUGGAUGAUAUACAAGUGAUACACAUGUAUCUAUAAAAAUGAACAAAAUCUAUGAGGCUAAUGUGACUCACAAGUAAUGGAACCUUGUACGCACCAAUUGUCCAAAAAGGGAGCUAGAAAACAGACUUGCUAAUGUGGUAUCUGACGCUAUGAUACACGCUCAUCUAUAAAAAUAACAAAAGCUAUGAGGCGAAUGUGGCUAACAAGUAAUGAAAUUAUUUAUAAGCCUCAGUUAUCCAGAAGUUGUAAAAUGGACUUGCUUAUGUUGUGCAUGCCAGUGUAUGAUAUACUUUAUAAAAAUGGACCAAAACUAUGAAGCUAAUGUGACUCACAAGCUUGUAUGCACCAAUUAUCCAAAGAUGGAGCUAGAAAAUGGACUUUCUAAUGUGGUAUCUGACACAUUAUCUAUAAAAAUGGACAAAAGCUAUGAGGUUAAUAUCGGUAACAAGUAAUGGAAGCUUAUAAGCACCAGAUAUGCAAAGACGGGGUUCUCUAUAAAAUACUGUUCUCUAUAAAAAUGGACAAAAGCUGUGAAGCAAACUAAUGAGAUUUUCAGCUCAACCUGCUAGCGUUGUCCAAACUGCAUCGUUUAAUCAGAUACACUCCAGUGUCAAAAACCACAAAAGCAAGUCUCAUCUCGAUGUGGUUUGAGGCAGGUGUGGGUUGAUUUAGCCGUGCAGUUUGCAUAAAUGUGGUAUUCGCUUCCAUUACCUGUUAGCUUAUAGCCUUCAGUGCAAACUAGAGAAGCUGGCAUGCUUUGGCUGACUAAAUAUGAGAUAAGGGAAAAAAUGAUGCAAUUGAGUUUUUCCAAAACUCCUUUAAAGGACCGCUUUAUCCAAACAUGUGUUUGAGACUAAGGCCGAAUGAACGCUAGCGUCCUACAUCCACUCAUUUGUUGGACAAAAGCUGCGUUGGCAUUUUUGGGUACAGUCCUCUAUUACCAGGCCAGGUGUAGUGUAGUUGAAGACAGGCCACAUGAUAUCAUCUCAAUGACAGCACGGAGAACUGCACAAUAUGAGACGAAGUACUGUGAGAAGCUCCUACUGAUUGAUAGUUAGCCCUUGUCCGCUUUAGCCAUACAUUUCCAUUGUGCUGACGAAUGAAUUGAAAAGCAAUCUCCGCCUUCUUGUAUUGAGUAACCACUAUCCUGUCUGUCUGCCACUUCUGAUAAUGGCUAAUCCUGUUUGCAGCGCCUGCUGUCCUAGUACAGUAUGUUGUUAACUGAAUGAAAUGAAAUGGGGGGGGAAUCACCCUGGCCCCGAUCCUGGCGAACUGGCAAUAGAUCAUCUGUCAUUUUGGGGGGGCAGUAAGCUUUGAGAAGAAAGUAUUAAACAGUGAGGUUGUGGAGAUAGAGAUGUAAGCUUUGGCUCCUCGAUCUGACUCCCAUAAACUCCACUGAUGUCAGUCAACGAUCGUAGCUGAGAAGCGAGAGCGUUUUUUUCUAUCUUCGGCUUUUUUCUAUCAACGAAUAUUGAAGUUAUAACCCUAUUUCAGAAAUACAUAUUUUGUUAAAAGAAUUGUACAUACUGAGAUGUAUUUUUGCACAGGCAUUUUCUUACACAACGUUUUUUGGUACAACUGAGAUCGUUAUUAUUUAUUUAGUGAAUGGAUCGGUUUUGAGAUUAUUUGAAGUGGUUCACUGCCAAGCCGAUAAUGCAAUACGCCUCUUACUAGCAAAACGGAGCUUCUUAUUUAGUCAUAUACUGAAAGUGUUGCCACCGUAGUGGAGCCAGUCAUGUGAUGCAAGUUUAUUAGAAUCUAUUUUAGCCCCCCCCCCCAAUCUGUCAAUCAAAGUGAUCAGUGAAUGUGAUCAGAAUGGCCUGUGACACUGCAGGAGAUUUCCUCUGUCCCGUGUAUUUCAAUGGAACAAAAACGAUGGUAGCCCAUGUCUGUACGCCAGCCCGACUGUGAAGGGUUGAUGGGGAGACGAAAGCAAUUACUUUAACGCGAGAAAGGAGAGUGAACACUGAGCGCAGACCGUUUUUUGCACCGCCGUUGCCAAACAUAUUUAGAAAAACACUGCUUUUUAAUCAACCAUUCUUUUGCAGCUUUUUAAAUAAUGACAAAAAAGUGCCUGAAUUAGUUUCUCAUCAACUGUUUUUAGACAAGGAGAAAUUUUCAGUAGUUGUUUUGUUUCACGUUACUUGAAUGUUCUAUAUUUGGUUUUAGAAGCUUGCUUUUUUAAACCUGCCUACAGAGUCCUACGUGGUCAUUUUCCCUGUUCACAUAGUGCAGCGAGGCCUGCAUUAACUGGCAAGAUUGACACAGCUAAUGUAGACAAUUAUAUGGUAAAAGCAUGGUCCCAAAGCUUUUUCUUUGACUACUUCUGAAGAUGUAAUUGUGCAAGUCAAAAAAAAAAAAAGGCCUAGUUUAUUUUUUUGUGUUAUUUUUGUGCAUUGAAAGCUGAACAUUGGGUCCCUUUAAUUCAGUUCUGUUCAUUUUAACACAGAUUAAUGUUCUAUAUAUUGUCAGAUUCCAACUCCACCGAUGAUGUUUUCAUACGAUAUGAAAUGUGGAAUAUAUUUGAUAAAAGAAGCACAGAUCUGGAAUGUGAAUCGGAGACAGAACACAGCUCAGUUUAUCGGAGGAGAAGCAUCUUCAUAGAACAUAGAGAAUUGUGUACAAGUGUGUAUAUUUGAGUUCUUUUUUUAUCUACAUAAUCAAAAUCAUUUGAUCAGCUGGACUUUUGUGUGUUGGCUGCUAUGUAAUUCAUGAACAAACAUAGUAGGUUAGAUUUACUUAAUAUUUAAAGAAAAAGAUUGUAUAGUCUAUUUGUUUUGUAACAGGUUUUCUGUAAAUAAAAAAAGUAAUUUAUACAGUUA